AUGUCCUCCCCACGUUCAAUUUCAACUGUCGACAGAAUCAGCGCCCUUCCUGAUUCUGUUAUCUGCCACAUUCUCUCUUUUCUCCCUACCAAACAAUCUGCUGCCACAAGCAUUCUCUCCAAAAGAUGGAAUCCAUUGUGGCACUCAGUUUUCACUCUCGACUUCGACGACCAUGGCUUUGCAGAUUUCGCUACAUUCAGAUAUUUCGUCUUCUGUGUCAUGCUUGCGCGUGACCCCACCUUGCCUCUUCGAUCUUUCCGCCUCAAAUGUGGUGCCUCCCAGGGAUGCGACCCACAAGAUAUCAAUCGAUUUGUUCGCGCUGCUGUGCAACGAGGAACUCAGAAUUUCAUCAUGGAGACGGAUUUGGUUAAAACUGAUAGAGAAUUUCUAACCGAAUUAGGUUCUACAGUUUCCACAAUUUUCAAUUCUAGAAACCUUGUGGUUCUUAAGUUGAAAACAUUAUUAGUGACCGAUCUUCCUCAAAUCAAUUUUCCCUUACUCAAAACUCUCCAUUUGAAAAAGGUUUACAUUCUAAGAGAUUUUAAUAAGCUUAUCGAGGGGUGUCCCAUUCUAGAGGAGUUGGAAAUAACAACUUCUUUUCUAUUUAGGUUUUCGAAAGAUGGUAUUGGAGAGUUUAAACACUCCAAUUUGGUCAGAGUUAACAUUUCUAAAUUUGGUCCACAAAAUUUUCCAUUUGCUUGGAUUUGCAAUGCAAAGAUUUUGCGUUUAGAACUGCAACGUAGCGAGGAUCAAGUUCACGCUUUUCAUAACUUAACUCACAUGGAGCUUAUAUUCACAUCAAAUUGGCGUACCAAAUGGAAGUGGUUGCUAGAAAUGCUGAAGAAUUGCCCUAAACUUCAAAAUCUUACCCUUCACAAGCUUUAUGGACAUGGUAUUGAUGAGGAUGAUUGGAAGGAACCAGAAAUUAUUCCAAACUGCCUUUCCUCUCAACUAAGAACAUGCUCGCUUAUAGAUUACAAAGGCAUGAAGUGUGAGCUUCAGUUUGCAGAGUAUGUUUUGAAGAAUGCCAACUUACUGCGCACGAUGACAAUUAGUGCCUCUCCAGGGGAUUUAACUUUAAAGCACCAAAUGCUAAUGGAUUUAUCUUUGUGUCCAAGGGGCUCUAUUGCAUGUAAACUUUCAUUCAUUUGA